CUCUGCCCGCAUAAAUUAUUUCUACGUCCUCCAGAUAUUAAUGCGCUUUUUCGUGGCCCCUGCUGUUUUUAUACAUUUUACUUGUUUCUAACAAAUAAUUCAGUCUGUCUGCGGCGCGUGAUCCGGGAUGAAAUGAACGAUGGUUCUGCACGAGUUGUCCAGGUGCACACACACCUCAAACAAAAAAUGCGCAGUUCAUGAUGCGCGCUCCUGCGGCGCGCUUCUACAAAUCAGAAUCAUCACUUAGGUGCACAGAACGGAUAGGUGAACACAUCGCAACGCAAGUGUACGUUCAGAGGACUGCCGUGAGCUGUCGUGUGUCCGGUGACCCGCUGGAGCACAGCGCGCCGGGGGCGAUGGGAUCUGACCGGCAUACUGAUACGCUCCGCAAGAAGCAUCCCCGCGACCUCGGCGACCGCAGCAUCAGCACCGGGGAGCCGAUGCAGGAGAACUCCUCCAGCUGUCACUUUGGUUGCUAAAUCCUUUUGCGUUUCAUUAUUUUGAUGUUGGUUACACAGCCGCGCAUGCGUUGCUGUGUAGUGGAAAUUGCGGUACCGCUUCUUCAGACUAAGUUUACCGAUUCUGUUGCCGUUUAUCUUACUCGAUGAUGAGAGGGAUGCUGAGCGCGUGGACUCACUGGCCCGCUGGGAUCUUUUGUCUCCACAUGUUUGUGGUUUUAACGUUUGGCCGAAGCCCGCCGGCGAACAGUGUGAACCAGCACAGCAACAUGUCAUACGUCAAAGUCACCGUGGAUAAACUACUCAAGGGCUACGACAUUCGUCUCAGGCCUGAUUUCGGAGGUCCUCCGGUUGAUGUCGGUAUGAGUAUUGAUAUCUCCAGUAUCGACAUGGUGUCGGAAGUGAACAUGGACUACACCAUCACCAUGUAUUUCCAGCAGUCCUGGCGUGACAAACGUCUGUCCUACACAGGGAUCCCUCUCAAUCUCACUUUAGACAACCGAGUGGCUGACCAACUUUGGGUGCCUGAUACGUACUUCAUAAAUGACAAAAAAUCUUUCGUUCAUGGGGUCACAGUAAAGAAUCGUAUGAUCCGUUUGCACCCUGAUGGAACUGUGCUCUAUGGUCUCAGGAUAACUACCACAGCUGCGUGUAUGAUGGAUCUGCGCAGAUACCCACUGGAUGAGCAAAACUGUACACUAGAGAUUGAAAGUUAUGGAUACACCACAGAUGACAUUGAGUUUUACUGGCAGGGUGGGAGUUCAGUGACUGGCGUUGAAAACAUUGAGCUGCCACAGUUCGAUAUCAUUGACUAUAAUAUACUGUCUAAAAAAGCUGUGUUUGCCACAGGGUCGUACCCUCGUCUGUCCCUUAGUUUUAAACUAAAGAGAAACAUUGGAUAUUUCAUCCUUCAGACCUACAUGCCUUCGACCCUCAUCACCAUCCUGUCCUGGGUCUCUUUCUGGAUCAACUAUGACGCUUCAGCAGCAAGAGUUGCGCUAGGAAUCACCACUGUUCUGACAAUGACCACGAUCAACACUCAUCUUAGGGAGACAUUACCCAAGAUCCCUUAUGUGAAAGCCAUAGACAUCUAUCUGAUGGGCUGCUUUGUCUUCGUGUUUCUGGCUUUGCUUGAAUAUGCCUUUGUCAACUACAUCUUCUUUGGCCGCGGGCCACACUUACAGAAGAAAGUGUCGGAAAAAGCUGCCAAAAGCAACUAUGAGAAAAGUCGAAUGGACGGUAACAAAGUUCUGGUUGAUGUCCAUGGAAACAUCCCCCUCACACACCUUGAUCUGCGUCUUAGCGGGCCUGAGAUGCUAGGUGCCCUCGGGGACCCAAGGAACACCAUGUUCUCUUACGACAGCGCCAGCAUACAAUACCGCAGGCCCCUUACAGGUCGUGACCUCUACGGUCGGCCCCCCGCCUCUCUCGAGAGGCCAAUCCAGCGCAAAAAGAAUCGUCUGAGGAGACGUGUCGCUCAGCUGAAGGUGAAGAUCCCAGACUUGACAGAUGUAAAUGCCAUCGACAAAUGGUCCCGUGUCAUCUUUCCCAUCGCCUUCACCUUCUUUAAUCUGGUAUACUGGCUGUAUUAUGUCCAGUAGGGGGCGGCAUUAACUCAGCUACACACAUCAGGUCAGACUCUCUCACCCUCCUUUUGGUCAUGACUUGAUGUCAGGAAGGAGGAAGGAGUGCAUUUUAUAAAUUGCCCUUCCAUGUAUAUUGUUCACUAAAAGAUAUUCAAUUGAAACAACAUAUCAUUUAAAUCUAUAAGUUAUUAUCAAUAUCCAAUGUUUAAUCUUAAAUGUAAGUGUUAAAAUAUAUAAAAAUUGGAUUCAUUGGAUUUUUGCAAAACGCUUGGGUGGAAUCAGCUUCACGUGAGACUCAACUGCAAAGACUGAAUUGGAUACCACAAACUCACAAUUAAAGGAAAAUACUUUACCCUGCAAACAUCCUGCAUGGCGGCAUUGCACUUCUAUGUCAGACCUAUAAAACAGCAUUUGGAGGUCAUUCUUACAAUUCAGAUUGUUUAUGUAGACGCCUCAAAGCAACAUUCUGGGUUCAAUGCAAGUAAAAGAACAACUUGGCCGAAAAGCACUGUUUACUGUAACAAUAUCCACCCACAGGAAAAAAGUUCAGACACCUAUUGAAGCCUAAAAAACAACUUUACAGCUCAAUAAUAAACAGGAUUUGUGUAAACAGAAGUGCUUUACAAAAAAAAACGUUAUUUGUGUAUAUUUUUGUCUUUAAACCCACUUCAUUGUUAGUGUAACUACUGUAUAACCAUACUGUUUGCUCAAAAAAUACAAAACAAUUUUUUAGGUAGUCAACAUUAUAGCACAAAUUCGAUUUAUAUGGUUUGACCUUACUGUAUAUCUUGUAUUAAACCCAGAAAAUUCCUUCUAUAUAGGCUGUAGAGUUACCGUAUGUACAAGGCUUGCUAAAGAUUACACCUUCACACACAUAUGUAGCUCUUCCGUGUACGUGUGCCAGUGUCUUUGUGUGACACACUUUUUGUGCUUAAUAUCAGUUCUCGCUAAUCUAAUGCCAAACAUAAGUAUACAGCAAAAUACAAAAACAGUUCAAGCAGGAAUUUAUUGUGACUUCACAAUUCCUCACAGUAUAUAAAUUUGUACAUUUCAACAUAUCAGGAAAGAAAAAUUAUGUCAUCAUGGUUUUGUGCUCCUUUUUAUAAAUCCAAGAACCCUGCUAAUUAUUUCGUUAAAAGUGGUGGUUGACUUUUCUACUUUAAAGACUAGUGUGGAUAGCAAGAGUAACAAGAAAAGAGAAUUUGGAAAUAUACUACACGGCCUCCUUUUGUUUGUUCCCUUUGAUCCAAUCUAAGGCUUUAUUGUAAACAGACAUUUAAACUGAUCUUCCUGACACUAGUAAUCUGACCUAAAUAUGGGCAUUGUUGAUAUAUAACUAUUUAUAUAGUGUAGGAGUUUUGUGUAUUUACUGUAAGCACAUGCAUUUAGCUUUAAACAAUUCACACUGUGUUGUUUGUUAUGUAUUUUCGACACUCACCAAAAUAAUAGGAGAUAGGAAAUAAUAACCAAUUUGUUGUUUUUGUCUUUAUGGCUGAACCUGUGCAUUUUAAGACACGUUUUUACAGGGUUUCACGAUGACUACGCAGGGGAAUCACAAUAACGUAAUCAAACAUAAGGGUACUUUUCUAAUGCCCGGCAUUGAUAUUGAUAUCAUCAUCAGCUAUAUAAUUACACAAGGUGGCAUGUAAAUAAGUUGCUUGCUGUGCAAACAUUAACAUUUCAGUGACAACCUGCCUGGAAGAUAAUCUUCUUGGUUAUUGAUCAAAAGUGAAGCAACAUUGUGAGACUCUCCAUUUAAACUAAUCAAGACAUCUUGAGAAUGGAAAUGUAUAAACAAAGCAUAUUCAAAUUCGCUUUAGCAUGAAUACACAAAACACAUACAUGUGAAACUACAAUAAACUUGAUCAUUUAUCAUUAAUGCAAGGUGUUGGCCUACAACAGCAAAUGCCAAAAACAAACAAACAAACCUA